GUGGAUGCAAACAUCUGUCGAUGAAUGAUUAUUUCAACCAUGAUGGCCGACCAGCCUCCUCCAUUGGAAGCCACAGCUUUACUGAAUGACGUACCACUCGUACCACACCUGGUAAAUGGCGAUAGCACCCAACAGCCUUUGUGCUUGCAGGUAAUUGUGGUGCAGGUCAACCCAGGGGAAACGUUUACAAUCCGCACAGAAGAUGGUCACAUUCAGUGUAUUCCAGGUCCAGCACAUGUUCCCAUGAUGUCACCAAAUGGUUCCAUGCCUCCGAUCUUUGUGCCACCUGGUUAUGUCUCUCAGGUUGUGGAAGAAAAUGGAGUGCGUAAGGUGUUGGUCUUGCCACAUUCAGCAGAGUUCCACCCAUCAUUACACCCCCAUCCGCCUCACGUGACACAUUUUAUGCACCACCACCAUGCUUUGCUUCCUCACCCUCCACAUCACGUCUUUCCACAAGUGCCAGGCACAGGAGAGCUGCCACCGCAGUUCAUACACCAGCACCCCCCACCACACAUUUUCCAAGAACAAGAACUUCGGUCCCAUGGAAGAAUGAAUUUUCCUCCAAGGGAUGAGAGAAGCAUAAAAAUUAAACGGUUAAAAGAGCGACAGAUCAGCUCCCACAAUAACAGUAAACUGCACAGUCCACCCUCCUCUCCUCACAAAGCACACAUUGCUACCAACUCACACAUGCAGAAUGGAUACUCGAAGGGACAGCACCUUACAGGGGGACCCAUUAAAUUGAAACAAGCUUCACGGACACGGAGCAGUCCUCCAGCAGAGAAUGAAAGCACAGAUAGAGAAGCAGAUCCGAAAAAGCUACAAGAUUUAAACCCCAGCAUGAGCAAACCUGUGGUUUCCAACUUAGAAGCAAGGUCUGCCGUGUUAUCGUGGAGUGUUCAGAUUGCUUCACAAAACAGAGAAAGUCCCACAGCUCUCUUACCAAGAAGAUUUGUGUAUGAGGUGACUGUGUCCAACAAUGGCAAAAAUGGAAAGUUCAAGCCUGCCUACUCAGGAGAAGCUACAACAUAUACACUGACUGACCUUCGACCAGCCACAGACUACCAUGUCAGAGUUUCUGCAUCAUGUCUGCCAUUAGAAGGAUCCAUUUCGGAAUUAGUGAGUUUUACUACCGAAAGCUGUGAGCCAGAUUCGCCAGCACCACCAAAACUUAUCACCCGAACCCGAAAUUGCCUAAAUCUACAGUGGAAGGCCUCAAAUGACAAUGGAUCAAAAAUUAAUGGCUUCCUCUUGGAAUGGGAUGAGGGUAAACAAGGGCCAUUUAAAGAGUGCUACUUCGGUCACCUUAAACAAUACAAGCUAACAAAGCUGUUGCCUUCUACAAGAUAUGCCUUCAGGAUAGCUGCCAAAAAUGAUAUUGGAAUGAGUGGAUUUAGUGAUACAGUGGUCGUCUACACAGCAGGGAGUGUGCCACCUGCCCCACUGCCACCAAGGCUCAGACAAGCGGGUAUCACUUGGCUUUGUUUAGAAUGGAGUCCACCCAGUGAUAUGACUUCAGAUGAGACACUAACGUAUAUCCUUGAAAUGGAAGAAGAGGGUUCGGGUUAUGGCUUUAAACCUAGACAAAACAGUGAAGAUCUUAUAUGCACUUUAAAAAACCUGAGAAGAAAUACUUCAUAUAAGUUUAGGGUAUUUGCUGUAAACAGUGAAGGCAAAAGUAGUCCUAGUGAUAUAGUAGAAUAUACAACAUCUCCUGAUAAGCCAGGUCCUCCGUGUAAGCCGAGUACAAAGGGAAAGAUUCAUGCACACAGUAUCAAAGUUAUAUGGGAUGCUCCAAAGGACAAUGGGGGCUCAGAAAUCCUUAAAUAUUUCCUUGAAUCUGCAGAAAACACAAUUGGUAACAAAUGGGAUGUGAUUUACAGUGGGUCCAAUAGGGAACAUAUAUAUGAUCAUCUCAAACCUGGUACUUUCUAUAGAUUCAGAGUGUCCUGCGCCAACAUUGUAGACUCCAGUCAAGUUUCAGAUGUUUUAACAGUGCAGACAGCCAUUGUCCCACCAGGUCCAUGUCAACCACCUCGGUUAGCUAGCAAAGCAAAACCCAAGGAAUUAAGCCUGCAGUGGGAUCCUCCAAGUUUGGAUGGCGGAUCAGCAGUAACAUCUUACACUAUAGAGAUGGCAAAGUGCGAAAACGAAGACCGUGGUGCUGUGUACCAAGGCCCAGACCUAGAAUGCACAGUCAGCAAUCUGCUGCCUGGGCAGAUUUAUUGUUUCUGGGUUAAAGCUGCAAAUAAAGCUGGGAAUGGGCCCUAUUCUGAAACAUCAGCAUUCAGUACAGCCCCAGGGCCUCCAGAGAGGUGUAAAGUGCCGUUGGUGAUCUGCAAGAGUUCAAGCUGCGUGCUAGCAAGUUGGGAGGUCCCUGGAUGUAAUGGAGCAGAAAUUACAGAAUACCGACUGGAGUGGGGCAGCAUGGAAGGUUGCAUGCAAGUACUUUAUACAGGUUGUUCUUCAAGCUAUGAAAUCAAAGGUCUUACACCAGCUACGACAUAUUACUGUCGAGUUCAGGCUGGCAACAUAGCGGGUACUGGGCUGUUUGGAGACACUGCAGUUAUUACUACACCACCAUCAAUACCUGCUGUAGUGGCUGACCUGCAAGUUAUUGAUGAAGAGCUCCUGGAAACUCCUCUUCCCUCCUCAUCAGAGUGCCUUGCUCUUCAGUGGACAGAGCCAUGCUGCAAUGGGUCAGAGAUUUCUGGAUACACUAUAGAGUAUGGGGAGAAGCAACAGAUCACAGUGGAUAAUGUCACUAGCUGUAUCCUCACUAAUCUUAUACCUGACCGUACUUACAGAAUACGAAUCCAGGCCAUAAACUUAUUAGGAGCUGGUCCUUUCAGUUCCUAUAUUAAAGCCAAAACAAAACCUCCACCUCCAAACCCUCCUCAUCUAGAAUGUGUGGUCUUCAGUCACCAGAGCCUUAAAUUAAAAUGGGGGGAUGGAUCUAGCAAAGCUUUAGCCACCGAAACAUCACUGUACAAUCUACAAAUGGAGGACAAACUCAGUAGGUUUUAUACAAUUUACAAUGGUCCAUGCCAUACAUACAAGGUGCAAAGAUUGAAUGAAUCAACUACAUAUAACUUCAGAAUACAGGCGUAUAAUGAAUCAGGAGACGGGCCAUUUUCUGAAGUUUUCAGUUUUGCCACAACCAAAUCUCUUCCUCUGGCAUUAAAAGCACCCAGAACGCAGCAGAUUGACAGCAAUUCUUGUGAGGUAUCUUGGGAGUCUUUGCAGCCAAUGCGGGGAGAUGCAAUUGUUUACAUCCUUCAGCUCACCAAUGGAAAAGAGGUUGAUCAGGUAUACAAAGGAACGGACACCUCGUACUCUUUCACAAACUUUCAAACAAACUGUGAAUAUCGGUUUAGAGUUUGUGCUGCACGGCAAUACCAGGAUACCAAUGGAUUGCAAGAAUUGUACGGUCCCUACAGCCCAAGCACCACAUUCUCAUCUCAAAGACAAGAGUUAGAUUUGCCUUGUGCUAGCGCUCCGUCGGAUACCAUGAAAAUCAAGAAGAAGCCUCUCAGCGAUGAGCAGUUUGCCUUUUUGCUCCUCCUGGUGUUUGCUCUCGUAGCAUUCCUCUUUGCGAUCAUCAUCCAGUACUUUGUAAUCAAGUAGAUUUUAAGUGCCGUGUUCCAGAGAUUACCCCCUACAGAUAUUUUUUUUUUUUUCGCUAUUUAUGUUUAAUUAUUCUAAUUAAAUUUAUAGAUGGAAAUGAUUGUAUUAUAUAUAAGUGCAUUUCCAUUCUUGCUGCUCACUCAUUAAGAGGCUGGAUUGGUAGAAUCCUCCUGUAUGUGUAACAUAAAACAUCAUGCAACUCUUAGAAAGGGAACUGUACAAACCUGUUUCUAGAGCCAUGGUGUUAAAUGCCUUAAAAUACACUCAAAGGUCAAGACGCUGCUCUUCGCUUAUGUAAUGGACCAUUUGCUUUAAAAGCUCGUCCCUUUUAAAUGUUGAGCUUUGCAUGGCGUAGCCUACAAAAAGAGGAUUAGGUUUUGUUACACAAGUGUCCGUGUCUGUAUUUACACUGACCUGUGGCCUUAGCGGAGAAGAGCGAAAUCAAACUGCACCUUUAUAAAAAUAGACUUGGUAGCAUUUACAGAUAUUAAAAGUGUUGGAGGAAGAGCAUAAUGGUAUAUGAUUAGUUCUGCUUAGCAAAUAUGCUGCAUUGCACAGCUUUUAAUCCACAUUUUUUUCUUCAUGGUUAUUCUGGAAAGGACAAAUUCAGUUCCUGAUAAUUCUG